CCGUCCUGUUUCCCCACACCCCUCCCAGCCGCCGCCGGCUUUGGGGCCCCGGUGGGGAGCAGGGGGCUGAUUAGCCGAGGAGCAGGGGUGUGGCCAGCGGGGCCCUGGGUAGUGAGUCACACACGCUGCUCGCCCAGUCCAGGGGCCGAGCGCGAUCCCAGCCCGAGCUGCGCGCUGGCCCGGCCCGAAGAGUGUCCCCGGGCUUGGCAUGAGGACCUUGGGGUGCCGAGGGAGGGGCUGAAGCCCUGCGCGGUGGUGGAGGAGGGCGGACAGAAUGACUGAGAACAUGAAGGAGUGCCUGGCGCAGACCAAGGCGGCCGUGGGGGAGAUGGUGACCGUGGUGAAGACCGAGGUCUGCUCACCACUCCGUGACCAGGAGUAUGGCCAGCCCUGCUCUAGGAGACCAGACCCCUCAGCCAUGGAAGUGGAGCCCAAGAAACUGAAGGGGAAGCGAGACCUCAUCAUGCCCAAAAGCUUCCAGCAAGUGGACUUCUGGUUCUGCGAGUCCUGCCAGGAGUACUUUGUGGAUGAGUGCCCGAACCAUGGCCCCCCGGUGUUUGUGCCCGACACGCCGGUGCCCGUGGGUAUCCCAGACCGGGCGGCCCUCACCAUCCCGCAGGGCAUGGAGGUGGUGAAGGAAGCCAGUGGGGAGAACGAUGUGCGGUGCAUAAAUGAGGUCCUCCCCAAGGGCCACAUCUUCGGCCCCUACGAGGGGCAGAUCUCCACCCAGGACAAAUCAGCUGGCUUCUUCUCGUGGCUGAUUGUGGAUAAGAACAACCGCUACAAGUCCAUAGACGGGUCAGACGAGACUAAGGCCAACUGGAUGAGGUACGUGGUCAUCUCCCGGGAGGAGAGGGAGCAGAACCUGCUGGCGUUCCAGCACAGCGAGCGCAUCUACUUCCGGGCCUGCAGGGACAUCCGGCCCGGGGAGCGGCUGCGGGUCUGGUACAGCGAGGACUAUAUGAAGCGCCUGCACAGCAUGUCCCAGGAAACCAUCCACCGCAAUCUGGCCAGAGGAGAGAAGAGGUUGCAGAGGGAGAAGUCUGAGCAGGCUCUGGAUAACCCAGAAGACCUGAGGGGUCCCAUUCAGCUCCCUGUGUUGAGACAGGGCAAAAGUCCCUAUAAGCGUGGCUUCGACGAGGGGGACGUGCACCCCCAGGCCAAGAAGAAGAAAAUUGACCUCAUUUUCAAGGAUGUGCUGGAGGCCUCACUGGAAUCUGCGAAGGUAGAAGCCCACCAGCUGGCUCUGAGCACCUCGCUGGUCAUCAGGAAAGUCCCCAAGUACCCGGAUGACGCCUACAGUCGGUGUGCAAUGACCGUGUCGCAUGGCGUGCCGAAUGUCAGCCGGACCCAGGGGGAGGGGGACUGGAAGGCCCCCCAGGGGGCUUCCAAGGAGCCAGGCCCACUGGAGGAUGAAGAAGAGGAGCCUUCGUCAUUCAAGGCCGACAGUCCCGCCGAGGCCUCCCUUGCCUCCGACCCUCAUGAGCUUCCCACCACCUCCUUCUGCCCUAACUGUAUUCGCCUAAAGAAGAAGGUCCGAGAACUCCAGGCAGAGCUAGACAUGCUUAAGUCUGGGAAGCUGCCUGAGCCCCCCGUUUUGCCAGCGCAGGUAUUGGAGCUCCCAGAGUUCUCAGACCCUGCAGCCUCAGAGAGCAUGGUCUCUGGCCCCGCCAUCAUGGAGGAUGAUGACCAGGAGGUCGAUUCGGCAGACGAAUCUGUCUCCAACGAUAUGACGACCGCCACCGAUGAGCCCUCCAAGCUGUCGUCCGCCACGGGCCGCCGCAUCCGGCGCUUUAAGCAGGAGUGGCUGAAGAAGUUCUGGUUCCUGCGGUACUCCCCGACCCUCAACGAGAUGUGGUGCCACGUCUGCCGCCAGUACACGGUGCAGUCCUCCCGCACCUCAGCCUUCAUCAUCGGCUCCAAGCAGUUCAAGAUCCACACCAUCAAGCUCCACAGCCAGAGCAACCUUCACAAGAAGUGCCUGCAGCUCUACAAGCUCCGCAUGCACCCCGAGAAGACGGAGGAGAUGUGCCGCAACAUGACCCUGCUCUUCAACACCGCCUACCACCUGGCCCUCGAGGGCAGGCCCUACCUGCACUUCCGGCCGCUGGCCGAGCUGCUGCGCAAGUGCGAGCUCAAGGUGGUGGACCAGUACAUGAACGAGGGAGACUGCCAGAUCCUCAUCCAUCACAUCGCCCGGGCCCUGCGGGAAGACCUGGUGGAGCGCAUCCGCCAGUCACCCUGCCUCAGCAUCAUCCUCGAUGGGCAGAGCGACGACCUGCUGGCCGACACGGUAGCCGUCUACGUCCAGUACACCAGCAGCGACGGGCCCCCGGCCACGGAGUUCCUGUCCCUGCAGGAGCUGGGCUUCUCCAGCACAGAGAGCUAUCUCCAGGCCCUUGACCGGGCCUUUUCUGCCUUGGGCAUCCGGUUGCAGGAUGAGAAGCCGACCGUUGGCUUGGGCGUAGACGGGGCCAACAUCACCGCCAGCCUGCGCGCCAGCAUGUUCAUGACGAUCCGCAAGACGCUGCCCUGGCUGCUCUGCCUGCCCUUCAUGGUGCACCGGCCCCACCUGGAGGUCCUGGAUGCCAUCAGCGGGAAGGAGCUCCCCUGCCUGGAGGAGCUGGAGAACAAUCUGAAACAGCUGCUGAGUUUCUACCGCUAUUCGCCGCGCCUCAUGUGCGAGCUGCGCUCCACGGCCUCCACCCUCUGCGAGGAGACGGAGUUCCUGGGGGACAUCCGGGCCGUGAGGUGGAUCAUCGGAGAGCAGAACGUCCUCAAUGCGCUCAUCAAGGACUACCUGGAGGUGGUGGCCCACCUCAAGGACGUCAGCAGCCAGACCCAGCGGGCGGACGCCUCGGCCAUCGCGCUGGCCCUGCUGCAGUUCCUCAUGGACUACCAGUCCAUCAAGCUCAUCUACUUCCUUCUGGACGUGACCGCCGUGCUCUCACGCCUGGCCUACGUCUUCCAGGGCGAGUACCUCCUGGUGUCCCAGGUGGACGACAAGAUCGAGGAGGCCAUCCAGGAGAUCAGCCGGCUGGCCGAUUCCCCGGGGGAGUACCUGCAGGAGUUCGAGGAGAACUUCCGAGAGAGCUUCAACGGGAUCGCGAUGAAGAACCUCAGGGUGGCUGAAGCCAAGUUCCAGUCCAUCAGGGAGAAGAUCUGCCAGAAGACCCAAGUGAUCCUGGCUCAGAGGUUCGACUCCCGCAGCCGGAUCUUCGUGAAGGCCUGCCAGGUGUUCGACCUGGCCUCCUGGCCCAGGAACAGCGAGGAGCUCAUGAGCUACGGCAAGGAGGAUAUGGUUCAGAUAUUUGAUCACCUGGAGGCCAUCCCGACCUUUUCCCGGGAUGUCUGUAGGGAAGGGCUGGACCCCCGGGGUAGUCUGUUGAUGGAGUGGCGGGAACUCAAGGCUGAUUACUAUACCAAAAAUGGCUUCAAAGACCUCAUCGGCCACAUUUGCAAGUACAAACAGAGGUUUCCGCUCUUGAACAAGAUCAUCCAGGUCCUCAAAGUCCUCCCCACUUCCACCGCGUGCUGCGAGAAAGGCCGAAAUGCCCUACAGCGAGUCCGCAAAAACCACCGCUCCCGCCUGACCCUGGAGCAGCUCAGCGACCUGUUGACAAUCGCUGUCAACGGCCCGCCCAUUGCCAACUUCGAUGCCAAGCGAGCCCUGGACAGCUGGUUUGAGGAGAAGUCUGGCAACAGUUACACACUCUCCGCCGAGGUCCUCAGCAGAGUGUCUGCGCUGGAACAGAAGCCAGUCCUGCAGACGGUGGACCACGGAGCGGAGUUUUACCCGGAUAUUUAGGGGGCCGGCGUCACAGAGUUCAC